UACCCAACAAAGAAUAAGGACUAAACCUGGGUUUGACAUGCAUUUUGGGUUUAUAUUGUCUAUAAAUCUAUAAGUCUAUACCAGUAGCUGUAUCUUCCACACAUACCCUCUCCCAUUCAGACAUCGUUGGCAAACUGUUUGGCUUCAUCGAUGGAUUGGCAAGGGCAAAAGCUAGCGGAGCAGCUGAUGCAGAUAAUGCUGUUGGCCUUUGCAGUCAUUGCGUUCGUUAUUGGCUAUGCCUUGGGCGAGUUUCAGCUGAUGCUUCUCAUAUACGCAGGGGGUGUCGUUUUGACUACUCUUAUCACUGUACCCAAUUGGCCUUUCUUCAAUCGCCACCCUCUCAAGUGGUUGGAUCCUAGUGAAGCCGAAAAGCAUCCGAAGCCUGCACCUGCUACUUCCAAUUCAAAGAAGAAGACUGCCAAAAAGUAGGUCAUUGCACUAAUCAUAUUUGGUAUUUUGUUGGGUUCUUUGUUCUGGAUGUAUUAGGUACCUUGUGGCUGUGACUUUUUUUCUCUAUGGAUCUAUAAUGUUAUUGGGUGGUCCAAAUGUUACAAUGUUAUACCAUGACUAAAGAAAUUUAAAUUUUGCAACCUCAAGUUUAAUUUAUAUUUUUCGUUUA